UUUGAGCCUCUUCAACAAAGCAAAGUGUUGCAUUGAUCAGUAAGUUAACUUUGAGAAUGACAAAGGCUAGAGUUGAUGCUGAAUAUCUCAAGGAAAUAGAAAAGGCUCGUCGUGAUCUUCGUGCUCUUAUUUCCAGCAGAAAUUGUGCCCCACUCAUGCUUCGAUUAGCGUGGCAUGAUGCAGGUACCUAUGAUGUUAAAACCAAAACUGGAGGCCCCAAUGGUUCUAUCAGGAGUGAAGAAGAGUUAAAUCAUGCCGCCAACAAGGGAUUGAAAACUGCAGUUGAGUUCUGUGAGGAAGUGAAGGUCAAAUAUCCAAAAGUUUCAUAUGCAGACCUUUACCAGCUAGCUGGUAUUGUUGCAGUAGAGGUGACUGGGGGUCCAACUAUUGACUUUAUUCCUGGGAGAAAGGAUUCACUGGAAUCUCCACCAGAAGGACGCCUUCCAGAUGCCAAACAAGGUGCGUCGCAUUUAAAGGAUAUCUUUUAUCGCAUGGGUCUAACUGACAGAGACAUUGUGGCUCUAUCUGGAGGACACACUUUGGGUAAGGCACAUAAAGAUCGCUCUGACUUUGAAGGUCAAUGGACAAGAGACCCUUUGAAAUUUGAUAACUCCUAUUUUGUGGAACUUCUGAAAGGGGAAUCUAAAGAUUUAUUGAAGCUUCCCACGGACAAGGCUCUCAUGGAGGAUCCUGGGUUUCGCAAAUACGUUGAACUGUAUGCAAAGAGUGAGGAUGCUUUUAUAGCCGAUUAUGCAACCUCACACAAGAAACUCUCAGAGCUGGGCUUCAAUUUGAAGAAUAGUUCCAUAUUAGUAAAGGGGGUUAUAGGAAUCAUUAUAACCUUAAGUGCUGUGAUCUUGGGUUACUUACGUGAACUCAAUAGAAAAACCAAUUGAAGAGACUACUAAUAAUGUUCUAC